CCGGGCCCCAGCUUAUGCCUCUCAUCACACGCGUCACGAAAUUGCAUGCGAAAGUACCAUUUUGGACAUGGUCCCCGUCUCCACGACAAUUGGCUUAUUCUCAUUCGAGUGAAGAAAUUUGUCAGCAUAAACUCAAUCACAGAAAAUCGUUGGUUAAUUUUAGCGAAAAACUCCUGAAUCAAACUGAUUUGGGCACCCGAUAAUCCGUUUUCCCAAAUGGAUUAUUCGUAGACUUGAGAAAUCUAGAUUGAGAACUGUAGAUAUAUGUCCGUAUCGAUUCAGUUUUUUUGAUUGGUACUCCCAAAAGGCACGCAUUGAAAAGCCUAAAGGGGUCCCGUGAAUUGGAGUGCGGUGGAGCUUUCGAUCAAUUUGAUACUUUUUUCGGGAGGAUUUUGGAGUGGCGGCGUGGAGAAUGCAGUUUUUGUUUUGGAAAUAUUUUGAUUGCAGAAGUUUGAGUUAUUGGUUUUGCUCGAUUUUGAUUUUUGUUUGGUUGGGUGAUUGAGAUUUGGGAUGAGUGAUUGCGUGGUGAGAAGGUGAAGUUGCUGUUAGGGGUUUGGGAAAAUGAGCAGUGGCGAGAGGCAGACUGUGAGUUUUCGAGACCUCGUGGAGGAAGCUAAGAAGCGAGUUGUUCUUCUGGUGGUGUGUGUCGUUGGAUUGUCCUAUCUCAUGUCAUUGACAAGUGCAUCAGUUCUGGUCAACCUACCUCCUGCUCUGCUCUUAAUAAUGAUACUUCGCUAUAUGUCUCUGGAUUUCGACACGCGGAGAAAAGCUGCAACGUACAAAGGCAAGCAAACACCCACAAAGAGUUCCCGAACAAAACCUGUUGUCGGCCUUAAAUUAGUGCCUGAAAGGUCUGAUUGGAAGCUUAAGGUAAGUUCCCCUGUUGUGGAGGAAGCAAUCGACCAAUUCACGAGACACAUUGUCUCAGAGUGGGUGACAGAUCUGUGGUACUCACGUGUAACUCCUGAUAGACAAGGUCCUGAAGAGAUUGUAUUGGUCAUGAAUGGUGUAAUUGGAGAAAUCUCAAGUCGCAUGAGAAACAUUAAUCUGAUUGAUCUCUUAACGAGGGAUAUUAUCAAUAUUGUAUCUCGACGACUGGAGCUCUUUCGUGCAAGUAAAAUAAAGAUUGAGAAACGUCAAACCAGAUCUUUGACCUUCGAAGAGAGAGACGCUGCAUUAAAAUCUGUUUUGGCUGCUGAGAACAAUUUGCAUCCCCUGUUAUUUUCCACUGAAUCCGAGCAUAAGGUUCUGCAGAAUGUUAUGGAUGGCCUCAUUUCACUGACAUUUAAACCAGAGGAUCUGCAGUGCUCUGUAUUCCGGUAUAUUAUUAGAGAACUCCUUGCUUGUGUUGUAAUCAGACCGGUUCUGAAUCUCGCUAAUCAAAGGUUUAUUAAUGAGAGAAUAGAAUCUCUAGCUAUUUCUGUUAGAAAAACUGAUAACGGGUCCAAGGCAACCACCACAGACCCACCACCGAAAAUUCAAUCCGACCAUGCUUCUCAGACACCAGAUCCUUCUAGCAAGGGUCUUGAGUUGGUGCAACUGAAGAAGGAUCAGAAUAUACAAGCCACCAAGAAUAUUGCACCACAUGAUAUGAAUGGAACGCCUCUUUCCAAGGACCCUUUGCUUUCCAUGGAUACACAGUCCACCCGUUCUUGGCAUUCCUUACCUGAUGUUCAUACUGGUGAGGGAACAGAUAAAGGAACAGAUAUCCAACGGCAUCCCUCUGGAGGAGAAUGGGGUAGUGUGCUGGACGAGUUUUCCCGGAGAAAGACUGAGGCAUUGGCUCCAGAACAUUUUGACAAUAUGUGGACCAAAGGAAGAGACUAUAAGAGGAAGGAGGACACAAAUCAGUUGGCUGAUCCUCAUCAACAAAAUUCUUUUGUUAAUUCCGCUCAACGGUCAAAAGUUCUUCAUGAGAAGAAGAAGGAGAGAGAUGCAAUAGGUAGUAAUAAAGGACGAUGGCAGACCAAUACUGGCGUGCCCGGAAAUAUAUCUAUUGAAAGUGGGACAUCGGUUUCCUUACUCAACAAUGAUGAAAUCGUGUCUUCUGAUGAAGUUGAUUCCUGGAGCAGUAGUUAUACGGAAGACGAUGAUGGCACUGGCGUUAUGGGUCUUGAUUCACCAGGUGUUAAAGUCUGGGACGGUAAAAACAAAAGAAAUUUUAGCCGAAUUCAUCAUCCACUUGAAGCGGUCGACAAACACAAGAGCAGAAAGGCCAACAAAGGUCAGCUCCGUUCUAAAGAAAUGCGUAGAACCAAGUCUGCUAAGAAAAGAUCUAGAUCCAGCAGUCAUAAUGGGCAUAUUUGGGAAGAGGUUCAAAGAACUAGUUUUUUACUAGGAGAUGGGUUGGAUGCAUUGAAUUCCUCCAAAACGACCAGCAAACCUGGAGGCUCGAGUGAGGACUCCGACUCGGACCUGUUGGGCCGAAUUUGUAGUGGGGCCACAACUUCAUCAUCUUUGUCGUUGGCCUCUUUACCUGAAAGUCAAAGUCUUGCUGCUAGUUCAGCAAAACACUCGAUCAUUUAUGAUUCAUAUUUCAAAUUAAGAUGCGAGGUAUCGGGUGCCAAUAUUGUGAAGAGUGGAUCCAAGACAUUUGCUGUAUAUUGCAUAUCUGUUACAGAUGUUAAUGGUCACAGUUGGUCUAUCAAAAGAAGAUAUCAACACUUUGAGGAGUUACAUAGGCGUCUUAAAGAAUUCCCUGAAUAUAAGCUUCAUUUGCCACCAAAGCAUUUCCUGUCAACUGGUCUAGAUGUAUUCGUAAUUCAAGAGCGAUGUAGAUCACUUGACCACUAUUUGAAGAAACUUAUGCAGCUUCCUACUGUUUCUUGCUCCAUUGAAGUUUGGGAUUUCCUUAGUGUUGAUUCUCAGAUGUAUAUAUUUUCAGAUUCACUAUCAAUAAUCGAUACCCUUGCAGUUGGGCAAAAUGAAACACCAUGUGAAAAGAGCAAGGAGUACCGGGAGCAUGUAGGGGAAAUAUAUGAUCCAUUAUGCUCUAAGAAAGAAACUUUCAAUAAUGGAAACCAAGAUUUUGCAUCAAGAACGAAGAGUGACCAUGCUUCUGACAACGCAGGAUUGAAAGCAAAAGUGCAAGUUCUUUCUUCAUCGAAACAGCCUGAAAAAGAAUUUAAGAAAUCUUACGAGAACCCUACUACUGGCUCGGAGAACCCAGAGCAAAAGAACAUACCACCAUUCAGAAAUUCAGAAAGAACAGUAAAUAGAGACAGAAGACAGUCGGAUCCUGUUGCAACUGAUAAUGACCCUGAUCCACUUCCCAGUGAGUGGGUGCCGCCGAAUUUGAGCGUUCCUAUAUUGGAUUUGGUUGAUGUCAUUUUACAGCUAAAAGAUGGUGGAUGGAUCAGGCGAAAAGCUUUCUGGGUGGCCAAACAAGUCUUACAAUUGGGAAUGGGUGAUGCUUUUGAUGAUUGGUUGAUUGAGAAAAUCCAGCAUCUACGUAGGGGAUCAGUAGUUGCUGCUGGCAUCAAGAGAGUCGAGCAGAUAUUAUGGCCCGAUGGAAUAUUCAUCACAAAGCACCCAAGAAGACAACAGCCCCCACCUGAUAGCCCAUCUCACAAAUCUACUGAGGACCAACCUUCGACUCCAUAUUCUCCUUCACCUAAUCCUGAAGAUGUUCUGAAGCUGGAGGAGAUGCAAAAGAAGGAAGCUGAAAGGCGAGCCAAAUUUGUAUAUGAACUGAUGAUUGAUAAGGCACCAGCUGCUAUUGUAGGCCUCGUUGGACGUAAGGAAUAUGAACAAUGUGCCAUGGAUCUCUACUAUUUCAUUCAGUCAUCUGUUUUCAUGAAGCAACUAGCCUUCGAUCUUGUUGAGUUGUUGCUGUUGUCAGCAUUUCCGGAGCUUGACACCGUAUUUAGAGAGUUUGAACAGGACAAAGAGAAGUUUGGCAAACUCGAACUCAUUUAGGAUUUAGCAUACAGAAUUACAGAUUUUCUUGCUGAAAAUGCCGAGCAAUCGGCUGCCAAGUAAGCAUGUACAGUUGUUUCCUUCAAGAAAAUUCACACAAGCAAUUUUUGUGUUGUUCUGGGGCAGGAGUCUCCAAAUGGUUUGUGCUUGUUUGUAGUGGUUGAAAAAAAAAAUCAUUUUUUUUUUUUCAUUCACAUUAGUGUUCUUCUCUUUCUUUGUUGAAACAUUUGUUCCCAUUUUUUAUUUUACGAUGAACCCACAUGUUGUGCAUUCCAACAUUUGUAGUUGGGAAAAGGGAAAGAAACAAAGAUGAAGGAAAAUCUUCUAAAUUGAAAAAUGCUUAACAUACAAUACAUAUCACAUUAUCUUAGAUCUGUCAUUUCAAAAUUUUCUUUACCGUCAAAAGUUCAACAAUGGAAAUUGCAGAUUCUUG